GAAACUUAAAAAGGAUCGAUUGAUAAAAAUGUGCAGAAAGGAGCAGCUGCAUUUAAACUUUCAGUCACUUCCUUUUUUCUAUAUUUAAAUGUUUCCAAAGAACUUCAUGAUGAUUAUUAUGAUGAUUAAGAUGAUUAUUAAGACGACUUUUACCUUAGAGCAGAAAAGUAGAGUUUGUGGUAAAAACAGUGAGUGUGCGAGUUGGUGAGGAGCAGCAGCUGUUUUCUGCAAAUAUUCUGAUGUUUUUAUCGUUUUUGAGGAAGUGAUUUGAGGGAAGUGGAUGUUUCUUUUAAGACUUGAGAAACAGUUUGAGUUUGUGAACAGAGAAAAGGAGCAGAGAUGGUCACGUCCAGGACUCGUCUGCUGCUCCUGCUCCUCCUGCCGCUGUCAGGUGAGUCCCUGUCUGCUCCUCCUGCCGCUGUCAGUGUCAAACGCAGAGUUCAUGGAUCAGACGGUGAAAGAAGAAGAAGACGUCAUUUUGUCGUGUGGAGAAGAGACUCGAACUCAGUGUGAAUCCACAGACUGGAUCUACAGAAAAGACUUCAGAACCACCACAGAUCUGUUCAGACGAGGACAGACGACAGGAGAAGGUGCAGGGACGCUCCUGUCAGACUGCUCCCUGCACCUGCCAAGAGUCACAAAGGAUCAGAGGGGAACAUACAAGUGUAAACAGAACGAGAAAGAAAAGCACCAUAUUCUCCUGUAUGUCGCCUCCUUGUCUCAGCGAGUGGAAAAUGACAGAGUGACGUUCAACUGCUCUGUGGCUUCACCUGGAAAAUGCCAACAUGAUUUCAAAUGGUUCAACAACAAUGAAGAAGUGACCACAGAUCAUAAAGAUCUGAAGAUCUCUCGCUCUGACUCUUGGUGUGAUUUGUCUGUCUCCUUUAAUGAUCCGUCUCCUCCGUCUGAGUUUUAUCAAACUCUGAAAUGUGAAGUUAAACAGAAUUACCCGACACAGAUCUUCACCUUCGUCCCUCGACCUCCAGAUGAGAAAACUACUGAACCUCCCACAACCUCAAGACCUGGUACUUCUACUUCUGCUACUGCUGCUCCAACUUUUUCCACUGAUAUUUCAACACAAGUGAAAGUCCAGGACCAGACUAACUCUCCUUCACCCUUCACUCGCUUGCUGGUGUCGGUCGUCGUCCCCGUGGUCGUGUGUGUGGCUCUUCUGCUCAUCUGUGUGGCUCUCGUUCUGUGGAGGAAACUCUCAGGAAAUAAAAAUCCAAACUUAAAUUCUCCACCUGCAGUGAACCAAAACCACAUCUGCUUCUGUGUCCGUCACACUUGUGUGCUGCAGUCAGUCUUCAACCUGGAUUUAAAAAAGACUAUUUCACUUCACAAAGUGUAUAAAUGUGCAAAGUUCUUGGAUCAUCUUGGAUCAUUCAUGUACCAGGAGUAAAAGUUGAGUAAAAGUUGUUGCUGCUGCAGGAGUCGGUGAGUCCGGCUGCAGAUCUGUGUCGCUGUCGCACAUCGACGGAUCUGACGCAGAGUUUGAGCGACAAAACGAUUUAAAAUGUUUUAGUUUAAUAUUACAAGAUUAGAAUUAUACUUGAACUCUUCCACUUGAGAGCUGAGCCCAAAGACAAAGCUCUGGAUUUAUCAUCAUGUUCCUCCCCUCACCUCUGGUCAUGACCCGAAGGACCAGAUCCACGACACAAGAGACACAGAUGAGUUUCCUCCGCAGGGCGUCCGGGCGUCUCCCUUAGAGACAGAGGUUGGAGCUCGGAGUAGAGCCGCUGCUCCUCCACGUGGAGAGGAGCGUCUGAGGGGAGGACGUCUGUUCUGAUGUUGUCCUCCUGGAGGGACGAUGUCUCUGGACUGGACUUUGAAGACCUCAGGUCCCACAGGAUGAAUGGAUGAAAGUUUAACAUCAUCUACAAAUGUAGAAUUACAUUUAAAAUCAAACUAAUUCAAAUAAAAACACAUCGUGAUUAAAUUCUCAUUAUUUCUUUUCCAAAGUCACAGGAGCCACAACAGAAAGAUGAAAGAGCCACAUGUGGCUCUGGAGCCGCAGGCAGCUGACCCCUGACCUCGAGCAACACAGAGUCAUUAAAACUCAGUUUGCAGUUAGAGUUUGGGUCCUGAUUAUUGUCACAGUCAUGUUAACCACAACUAGCAUGCUAACACAAACUUCCUGAUUAUCGGACAUUACAAUGCUUUAAUAUUGGUGUCAGAUUUGUUUUGAGAAAUAUUUCCAAAAUAUCUUGCUGCUUCUUACUGUGAGUGGAGCUCGCCUCUCCACAGAUCCGACCUGUAACUGGACCUGGUGUUUUUG